GCCAUUCUUGUGGAAAUCUUCGAUCUUCCCGGUCCUGUAGAGUCGCCAUCUUAAUCGAACGUAGGUAUUUUACUCAUGGAGGAAACUCGUAGUACUGAUGGGGAUAUGAAAUCUGAAGUAAAGCCGGAAAGAAAGAUGUCUGGCUCUGGUGAUCAUGACGACGAGGCUUACGUCGUUAAACUGCGUGGCUUGCCAUGGUCGACUACGGUCGACGAAAUUUUACAAUUUUUCAAUGAUUGUCGUAUCAAAGACGGCAAGCUUGGAAUACACAUGACAAUGUCCAGGGAAGGGCGCCCGAGCGGUGAGGCAUAUGUGGAGAUGGAAAGUGAUGAGGACAUAGAGAAGGCUUGCAAAAAGGACAGAGAUCACAUUGGACACAGAUAUAUAGAAGUGUUUAAAGUUAAGCGGUCAGAGAUGGAGUGGGUUGUAAAACGCAGUGGACUAAAUUUGGAAAAUGCUAUGGAUGAUGGUUGUGUUAGACUUCGUGGCCUACCAUUUGGCUGCUCUAAGGAGGAAAUAGCUCAAUUUUUCUCAGGGUUGGAGAUAGUACCCAACGGGAUAUCCCUACCGACUGACUUCACGGGAAGGAGUACUGGGGAGGCUUACGUACAGUUUGUUAACAAAGAAGUGGCAGAGAAAGCUCUGCAGAAACACAAGGAUAAAAUAGGACACAGGUACAUAGAAAUAUUCCGCAGCAGCCUUUCUGAAGUGCGUGCCGCUAUUGGCCCAAAAAUGCGUCCUUUAGGACCAGGAGGUUUCAACCAGCGUCCAGCUCCUUAUGAUCGUGGUGAUAGAUUUGGUGGCAUAAAUCGCUAUAAUAAUAUGGGUAGAGGAUCUCGGAGUUUCAAAGGUGGUUUUGGUGACUUCGAUGAUGGUCCAAGUCCAUGGGGUAUGAAUUCAUCAUGGGGUGGGAGUGGAGGACCUGGAAUGAGAGGUAACAUGGGUGGUCGUGGUAGCAGUAGCUUCAACAUGAGUAUGAAUUCAGGUGGAUUUGGCAACAUGGGUAUGGGACGUGGAGGACGUUCUGGUGGAGGUGGAAACUGGAAUGGUGGUGGAGGUGGUGGUGGCCACUGUAUACACAUGAGAGGUCUGCCAUUCCGUGCAACACAGGCUGAUAUUGCUGAUUUUUUCAGGCCAGUUGUACCAGUCAAUAUUAGGCUCCUAUACGACAACAGUGGCCGUGCGUCAGGAGAAGCAGAUGUUGAAUUUGCAACACAUGAUGAAGCAUUAAAAGCAAUGUCAAAGGACAAAGGACACAUGCAACAUCGUUACAUUGAACUGUUCCUGAAUUCUUCACCUGGUGGUUCUGGCGGUAUGGGAGGAGGCAACUUUGGAAUGGGAGGUGGAGGAUUUGGUGGUGGCGGAUUUGGCGGAGGUGGUGGUGGCGGAGGUGGUGGUGGUGGAUUUGGAGGAGGCAGAUCAAAGUUUCGUUUUUAAAUACUCUCCACUUCUAUUACAUUGGUUCUCAAUGGAGAUUUUCUCAAAGUUUCACAAGUUGUGAGAGACUUUAAGGUCAGACACUUCUUUCUGUUAUUGCUACUGUUUUGCUGAGUCAGUGUUCUCUUCAGUGCACUUUGAAGUUUAGUCCACUUUAGUUGUGGUUGAAUUAGUUUGUGCUGUAUAAGUUUAGCUGUAAGCCAGUAAAAUUAGUGGUGCAACACUAGUGUUUGUUACUUUGGCACAAAGAUUAAGUUUGGUACUACACACAACACAAAUUGUUAAAUUGUACAUUCCAUCUGUAAAACAGCCAUAAAUUGAAGUCUGGUAACUGUAAUGUCUUCAGUGUACUGAGACUGAAUGGUCAGUAGUAAAUACUUUAGAUCUCUAUUAGGGAAACUGACAAUUGACGUUUGUGUAUUUAAUGUUAAUUACUUUACUCAUAACACACAGUGAGAAAGUAGAUAAGCAAGAAAUUGGAGGCUGGUAACGAUUUACAGUGUAUGUGGCAUGAUUCCUACUAUUGUAGCCAUUGACAUAUUCGGUAGAUCAGACAGGUUGGGUGAGUAUUUCAAACUGGAUCAUAACUACUUCAGAAGUGGCGAAGGCUAUGGAAACAAAAGAUUAAAUAGCAACUUCACAUGUACUGAAGAUACAAUAAAGACUGUUAAAGAUUUUAA